AUGACUCACACCCUCCCUUCUUCCUACCACAAUGAUGCUCGAAGUAGUUUAUCUGUCUCCCUUGAGCCAGAAAGCCUUGGGCUUGGCAGUACCAGCAGCAGCCAAGACUCUCUUCACAAAGUCCCCAAGAAGAAAGGAAUCAAGUCUUCAAUAGGACGUUUGUUUGGUAAAAAAGAAAAGGCUCGACUUGGGCAGCUUCGAGGGUUUAUGGAGACUGAAGCUGCAGCCCAGGAGUCCCUGGGCUUAGGCAAACUUGGAACUCAAGCUGAAAAGGAUAGAAGACUGAAGAAAAAGCAUGAACUUCUAGAAGAAGCUCGGAGAAAGGGAUUACCUUUUGCCCAGUGGGAUGGGCCCACUGUGGUGGCCUGGCUAGAGCUCUGGUUGGGAAUGCCUGCUUGGUAUGUGGCAGCUUGCCGUGCCAACGUGAAGAGCGGUGCCAUCAUGUCUGCUUUAUCAGACACUGAGAUCCAGAGAGAGAUUGGAAUCAGCAACCCUUUGCAUCGCCUAAAGCUCCGAUUAGCCAUUCAGGAGAUGGUUUCCUUAACAAGCCCUUCAGCGCCUCCGACAUCCAGAACAUGUCCGGUUUUUCUACAGACCCUGGCUUAUGGAGAUAUGAACCAUGAGUGGAUUGGAAAUGAAUGGCUUCCCAGUCUGGGGUUACCUCAAUACAGAAGUUACUUUAUGGAAUGCUUGGUAGAUGCAAGAAUGUUAGAUCAUCUAACAAAAAAAGAUCUCCGUGUCCAUUUAAAAAUGGUGGAUAGUUUCCAUCGAACAAGUUUACAAUACGGAAUAAUGUGCUUAAAGAGGUUGAAUUAUGACAGAAAAGAGCUAGAAAGAAGACGGGAAGCAAGUCAACAUGAAAUAAAAGAUGUGUUGGUGUGGAGCAAUGACCGAGUUAUUCGCUGGAUACAAGCAAUUGGACUUCGAGAUUAUGCGAAUAAUAUUCUUGAGAGCGGUGUGCAUGGCUCACUUAUAGCCCUGGAUGAGAACUUUGACUACAGCAGCUUAGCUUUAUUAUUACAGAUUCCAACACAGAACACCCAGGCAAGGCAGAUUCUUGAAAGGGAAUACAAUAACCUCUUGGCCUUGGGAACUGAACGGCGACUCGAUGAAAGUGAUGACAAGAAUUUCAGACGUGGGUCGACCUGGAGAAGGCAGUUUCCUCCUCGUGAAGUACAUGGAAUCAGCAUGAUGCCUGGCUCCUCAGAAACAUUACCAGCUGGAUUUAGGUUAACUACAACAUCUGGACAGUCAAGAAAAAUGGCAACAGAUGUUGCUUCAUCAAGACUGCAGAGGUUAGACAACUCCACUGUUCGCACAUACUCAUGUUGA